AGACGGAUAGCCAGGCGAAAACAUUCACUUUGUUCUGGAGCAUGGGCUGCACUAAAGAGCCUACCUAUGCCAGAGAAAAUAUGUGUGGAAGAUAAAAAGGAAAAAAAACAGAGAUUUGAAAACUUUGGGGUUUUUUCUUUGCUGUUAGGGACAAAAGCUGACUGAAAGUAUGGUGGUAAUGAUACAGAUGAUGCUGGUGUUGUUCAGGUUACAGAUGGCAGGCGCUUCUUUGCCUGAAACAGAAUUAGAUGAUGUCUGCUUCCAGGUGGAAUUGGGGUUCAGCACAUUUCUCAGGAGCAUCUCUAGCAACUCCACAGUCGUAAACAUAAAACAGACGCAGAUCACAGUGAUUGAUCAGAGCAUCUUCACUGGUCUCUGGCACCUGGAGAAACUAACCAUAUUAGACAACGACAAGCUGCUGAGUAUUUGUCCGUCUGCCUUUGCAAACCUCCCUCGGCUCUUCGAUGUCUCAAUUUCUCAGAAUAUGGCUUUAAAGAAAAUAGGAGCCUUUGCAUUUUCCAAUCUUCCAGCAUUGACAGAAAUAGAAAUAACCAAGUCAAGGCACCUGACUUCCAUCCACCCAGAUGCUUUCAGGAGCCUUGUGGGCCUUCGCCGUUUAAUCAUCACCAACACGGGUUUGAGGAUUUUUCCGGACCUCUCCAAGAUCCACUCUGCAGUCCAUCGUUUCAUGUUUGACUUACAGGACAACAUCCACAUUCAGGCGAUCCCUGCCAAUGCCUUCAGGGGCCUCUGCACUCAAACUGUUGAAGAGAUACGGCUAACCAGAAAUGGCAUCAGGGAGGUGGCAAGUGACGCCUUUAACGGAACAAAGAUGCACAGAUUGUCUCUGAAAGGCAACAAACAGCUUACUCACAUCAGUGGCGAUGCCUUCGUGGGUUCCAGUGAGUUGGUGGUGCUAGACAUCUCUGAAACAGCCAUCAGCUCUUUGCCCGAUAACAUCAUCAGUGGCCUGAAGAAGCUGUUGGCAGAAUCUGCUUAUCACCUGAAAAUCCUUCCUCCCCCUCAACAGUUCGCCAAACUGCGCUUGGCUAAGCUGACGUACCCCUCACACUGCUGCGCCUUUAAAAACAAGCCGAGAAGCAGAUCAAAGUGGAGCCCACUAUGCAGUCAUCCCAUGGCGAAAUACAUCACUGACUUCUACAGGGAUCACUGUUCCAACUCCACCUCCAUCACCUGCAGCCCAACACCAGACAACCUUAACCCCUGUGAGGACAUCAUGUCUCCGGUCCCUCUGCGGGUCCUCAUCUGGAUUAUCUCCGUCCUUGCUCUGCUGGGAAACACUGUAGUUCUCGUUGUAUUGCUAGGCAGUCGCUCCAAACUGACUGUUCCUCGUUUCCUCAUGUGCCACUUGGCCUUUGCUGACCUUUGCAUGGGUAUCUACCUGAUCAUCAUAGCAACCAUAGACAUGCUGACUCACGGCCAUUACUACAACUACGCCAUUGACUGGCAGACAGGCCUUGGCUGCAGUGCGGCAGGCUUUUUCACGGUAUUUGCCAGUGAGCUCUCAGUGUUCACGUUAACAGCGAUCACGGUGGAGCGCUGGCACACCAUCACACAUGCCCUGAGACUCGACCGCAAACUUCGCAUGAGGCAUGCGUGUGUCAUCAUGGCAGCGGGCUGGAUCUUCUCCUCACUCGCUGCGCUGCUGCCCACAGUUGGGGUCAGCAGUUACAGCAAAGUGAGUGUCUGUCUGCCCAUGGAUGUGGAAUCUCUGGUUUCCCAGGUUUAUUUGGUUUCUCUUCUCCUCCUAAACAUCCUGGCCUUCUUCUGCGUGUGUGGCUGCUACCUCAGCAUCUACUUGACCUACCGCAAGCCCUCAUCUGCUCCAGCUCAUGCCGACACUCGGGUGGCUCAGCGCAUGGCCAUCCUCAUCUUCACAGACUUCCUAGGCAUGGCACCGGUCUCCUUCUUCGCCAUUUCAGCUGCCCUGAAGCUCCCACUCAUCACUGUGUCAGACUCCAAACUCCUUCUGGUCCUUUUUUACCCCAUCAACUCAUGCUCCAACCCGUUCUUGUACGCCUUUUUCACCCGUACUUUUCGACGGGACUUCUUUCUCCUUGCGGCUCGCUUUGGCCUGUUUAAGACUCGAGCGCAGAUCUACCGGACGGAGACUUCCUCCUGUCAGCAGCCAACUUGGACCUCACCAAAGAGCAGCCGUGUGAUGUACUCCUUGGCCAAUACUCUCAGUCUGGAUGGGAAACAAGAGUGCUGAUUGUCAUCCAACUAUCCACCAGUACACAGUUUAGUGGAUCAUCCUGUAUUUAUUGAUGUAGUGGUCCUUUUAGCCAAAACGGUCAGAAACCCAUAUGGCCGUUUUUUUCAUUUUAUGAACACUAACGUUUAACAAAUUACGCUACCUUUUUUUCAGCCUAGAAAACUGCAUUGCUGCUUAAAAUGAUAACUUCCAAUCCAGAUCCUCCCUCUUUGAAGACCUUAUCUUGUUUUCUCUGAUGCAAAUUUUUAUCUAGAAUUGUGUUUGUUAACCUCUGACUUUGUGCAAGCACAAAACAGGAAAUGCCUGCUUUUAUUUUGAAAUAAUUUAGACCACCAAUGGAGUACUGUUAAAAGUUUAUGAUUCAAAAACUAAUUAAAGCAAUGUAGUUUGGAUAUAACUGGGUUAUGGAUACCUUUGUAAUUUUUUUUAGCUUGGUUGAAAUGCCAGAUGGGUUGAGUUUUAGGCUUUAUCUUGGCUGUAUAAGGAGAAGUAAACUCCUGAUUUCAGUUGUUUUUUUCAUCUAAAAAAAACUUUCCAUCUGGAGUCCCAGUAGAAAUGAACCAGUUUUACUGCUACAAGUUAAAAUGAUUAAACCUAAAAAUAAAAAAGGUUUGUAUGGUGUUACAUAUGGUGCAUUUUCAUUUCAUAUUUAUUGAUGAAAUGGAGAAUAUUUAUUAUGACAAAGUAAAGUGCUGCUUUACUAAUAUUUUACAUUCAGUCUGUUACAUUCAUAUCUGUUACAGAUAUUCAGUUCUUAUUUUUAUGUAAACAGAGUGGUAUCAGUUUUGACAUUUUGUCAUACUUAUUUUUCUCAUAUAUAGAGUAUAUUUGCUCUUUGUAAAGUUGUUUUUUUUAUAAAACUUUUUAACAUUUUGUAAA